AAGUUUCACAAGUAUUCACAACUAGUUUAUCUUGAUAGACAGAGCCAUGCAACAGCUUGAAGCUAGUUCAAACUAGUGGAAGCUAGGUUGUCUCAAAAACCCUAGAAGAAGAUCCAAUCAAUGGCUCGCGGAAAGGUUCAGAUGAAGAGGAUCGAGAAUACAGUGCAUCGACAGGUGACCUUCUGCAAGCGGCGUGCAGGGCUUCUUAAGAAGGCCAAGGAGCUCUCUGUACUUUGUGAUGCUGAAAUUGGACUUGUCAUUUUCUCUUCCCAUGGAAAGAUCUAUGAACUUUCUACCAAAGGAAGCAUGCAAGGGCUGAUUGAGAGGUACAUGAAGUCGACCCAAUCAGGAUCUCUGCAGCCUGAACAUGAACAACAAGGCAUUGAUCAGCCACAACCAGCCCUGGAGGUUAAAGAGGAGAUCAACAUGCUGAAACAGGAGAUCGAAAUACUCCAGAAGGGACUCAGGUACAUGUUUGGUGGGGGAACUACUGGCAUGGUGACUUUGGAGGAAUUACAUAUACUUGAAAAACAUCUUGAAGAAUGGAUUUAUCACAUACGCUCUGCCAAGAUGGACCUUAUGUUUCAGGAGAUUCAACUGUUGAGGAACAAGAUAGAGGAGAAUAUAGGGACUGCUAACUUUGCACCAGUGACCACUAAUUUUCCAUAUCCACUAACCAUACAGAAUGACAUAUUUCAGUUUUAGGAAAUUCAUUUCCUAGGUUUGGAGUGUAUUAAUAAAUAAAAUAAAACAACUAUGGAAAUGUUUGUAAG